AUGUUCCCCUGGUCUGCUGUGUUCUCUCUGGAGCCAAAAGUGCCAGGCCAGCGCACUCCAGAGGAGCUGGUUACCAACACGCUGAUGCUGGAACUGGGGGCCAUGGUGAAGAGAACCGAACGCAUCCGUCUGGAGAGAGCCACUCAGGUCCGCCGCCGUCGUAGCUCCUCGUCCUCAGUGGACUAUAGCUGGCUGGCUGGGCCUCAGCCUCAUGUCCCCUACGAGCUCACACCUGGAGACGUGCUGGACCUUCAAGAACUCUGUGCCCAGAUACCUCCUCCACAGUGCGGCCCCGUCAUUGUCAGGUUCCGUAAGCUGGUGACGGAGUAUGAGCCAGAAGUGCACGAGGUGCCGCAGCUCUUCCGCUCCGUGCUGCGGGCCUGCCUGGAUGAAGCUCGGGGCGACGCGGAGCUGCAGGCCAGGAACGGCCGCUGUGACAAGCAGCGCAGUAAGAGUCUGUCCUUCGUCACCUUCCGCUCCAAACUGCGCACACUGAGCCGCGGCAGGGGGAGCUUCGGGGGGUCCAGAGGAAACCUGCAGGAGGAGCCCGCCUGGUCUGACGAGGAGGAGGAAGAGGAGGAGGCCGUGGGGCAAGUAAGCGCCGUGGCGAGGGCGAGGAGGGGGAGGAGUCAGAGCAUGCCGGAGAUCAUCCCCAUUGAGCAGGCUGCUCAGAGCUGAGGAGCAGCAGAGAGGUGGAAGAGUUGAAAAUAGAAAGUAGGCAAGGGAAGAGGUUCGAGAGAGAGAGAGAGAGAGAGAGGCAGAGAGAGAGAGAGAGAGGCUGAAUCCCUCAUGGCUCCCUACAGAACACGUAGUGCACUAUUUAAGUGUCAAGGUAUUAAUUUCAUGCCCUAUGUAGUGUACGAUAUGGGGAACAAGUGAGCCAUUUGGGAUUGGGGGAUGGCAGGAGCAAGCGAAAGAGAGAGUGAGUGAGAGAAAGAGAGAAUGGAGAGAAGGCAAGGACAGAGGUCAGAGAGAGGCUGAAACCCAAAUUGAGCUCUCUUGAACAUAUAGUGCACUAUUCAGGUGUAGAAGCUUUUAUUCCUAUGUAGUGCACUGUGGGGAGCAGGGAGCAAUUUGGGAUUUAGCCCAAAAGAAAGAGAGAGACACUGAACCCCACAUGGCUUCAUACUGGACACAGAGUGUACCAAUUUGUUCAAGUCAUUUUUUCAUGCCCUAUGUUGUGCACUGUGGGGAGCAGGAAGCCAACUGGGAUUCAGCCCAAGAGAAAGAGGAAAAAGAGAGACCACAUGGGAUGGAGGAAAGAAGAAAGACUGAAGAAGCAUAAGAGGGAUGAAAGGAGAGAAAAAAACUGAGCUUUUAUAAGAGAGUUUCUACAACUUAUUCACACGAGAGUUUCUACAACUUAUUCACACAGGUGCUUCAUACCUUCAUACCUUCAUACAUAGAUCAGACCAAGAACUACAACUAUGAAAGUAUGUAAUAGGCCUCAGCCUAGUGAUGUUUGAAAUCUCCUCAUAUGUGUCUGUAUAUGUUGUAACAUAUGUCAUUUUUGAAGUUUCGCAUGAAUAAAACUUAACACAUUUUCAAAAAGCCUUGGAAGUGGGUGAUUGUUAGCACAUACCAAUAAGUUCAUAAAAAGCUCUACAAGUUUACAAAGGGGGGAUCCUUUUCGCUGUUGUAGAUUUGUUUUUAAUAUGCACUUUCUUUCCAGACAUCAGUUACUAUGUUCAGUUCUUACACAAGGCAAGGCAUUCAGCUAUAAAAGAGAGGAAAAGUAAGUUUGAUAAAAAGUGCUUAUUAAAUAAUACACUAUACAUUGGUGCAUUAUGUUUGAAUAGUCUGUUAAAGAAGAAACAAAUUGCCUGCUGAAUGAGGAACAGUCAGAGAGACUUGGAAUUUGCUGAUGGUAACAUUUUUGACCAUUAGCUUCUUUGUCCUUUAGCAGUCACUGCACUGCAGAGUUUAUUCAUCACCUAAGACUACUUAGCCAACUCUGCAUACAUAGUGGCUAGUUUGAGAGACAGCCUGAGCAAAGGCUUUAAUGGUUUAAAAAUAAAGGACAUUUUGACUCACUUAAGGGACAUUUUAAGCGACUUUAGCUAGAAUGGUCAACUAAACACUGCAUCAAAAAACAGUCUUCAUUUACACAACUC